AUGAUCUUGAUCUGGGUUCGUUGAAUAGAAUUAAACACGCGUGUAGUCCACGUUAUUCUUUUUCAUCUUGAAAUCCAACUCCUUUAUUUUCAACCCCACAUGCUACGACACAACUAAACAAGAGAAAAACAGAGGAAAACGAGGAUAUAAAAGGAGGGUUGCGGUUUUUCGUUUCUGCAAAGCUUUCUGCUUGUUAUUUAGACUCUCUGUUGGUUUUGGUAUCGGAGGAGUUAACAUUGAUGGAUAAGACAAUGAAGGAGAUGAGGAACGGUACUGGUGAUUCAGUGAUGGAUGUGGAGGGUAAGUCUGGUUUUGGAGGGGGUGUUGAGGAUGUGUACGGUGAGGAUAGUGCCACAGAGGAUCAGCCUGUCACUCCCUGGACUGUCUCAGUUGCAAGCGGGUAUACCUUGCUGCGGGAUCCACGCCACAACAAAGGGCUUGCCUUCAAUGGGAAAGAGAGAGAUGCUCACUACUUGCGAGGUCUUCUGCCUCCAUCAGUGCUUUCUCAGGAGCUUCAGGAAAGGAAGUUAAUGCACAAUCUUCGCCAAUACAAAGUUCCAUUGCAAAGGUACAUGGCCAUGAUGGAUCUUCAGGAGAGAAAUGAAAGGCUGUUUUACAAGCUUUUGAUCGAUAAUGUUGAGGAAUUGCUUCCAGUUGUGUACACUCCAACUGUUGGUGAAGCUUGCCAGAAAUAUGGAAGCAUUUUUAGGCAUCCACAGGGACUUUACAUCAGUUUGAAAGAGAAGGGUAAGAUUCUUGAAGUCUUGAAAAAUUGGCCGGAGAAGUCUAUUCAAGUUAUUGUCGUGACUGAUGGUGAGCGUAUAUUGGGGCUUGGUGAUCUUGGCUGCCAGGGAAUGGGGAUUCCUGUCGGAAAACUUUCUCUGUAUACAGCGCUCGGAGGAGUUCGUCCUUCAGCAUGCUUGCCUAUAACCAUCGACGUUGGCACAAACAAUGAGCAGCUGUUGAAGGAUGAAUUUUACAUUGGGCUCAGGCAUAAAAGGGCAACUGGGCAGGAAUAUGCAGAGCUUCUAGACGAGUUCAUGAGUGCGGUUAAACAGAACUAUGGGGAGAAGGUUCUAAUACAGUUUGAGGAUUUUGCUAACCAUAACGCAUUCGAGCUGCUGUCACGAUACCGUUCAUCUCAUCUUGUCUUUAAUGAUGAUAUACAAGGCACAGCAUCUGUGGUAUUAUCAGGGAUUAUAGCAGCCCUGAAAUUAGUUGGUGGAAGCUUAGCUGACCACACUUUCUUGUUCCUUGGUGCCGGAGAAGCUGGAACAGGUAUAGCGGAGCUCAUAGCACUUGAGAUGUCAAAGCAGACAAAAGCUCCACUAGAACAAACCCGCAAGAAGAUUUGGCUUGUGGACUCAAAGGGACUGAUUGUUAGCUUCCGUAGGGAGUUACUUCAACACUUCAAGAAGCCUUGGGCUCAUGACCAUGAACCUGUUAAGGGGCUCUUGGAUGCUGUCAAGGCAAUCAAGCCGACGGUUCUGAUAGGAUCGUCCGGAGUGGGAAAGACUUUUACAAAGGAGGUUGUGCAGGCCAUGGCAUCUUUCAAUGAGAAACCUCUGAUUUUAGCCCUUUCCAACCCAACUUCACAGUCUGAGUGUACUGCUGAAGAAGCUUAUGCAUGGAGCGAGGGCCGAGCGAUCUUUGCCAGUGGAAGCCCAUUCGAUGCUGUUGAGUAUGGUGGGAAGGUUUUUGUGCCCGGCCAGGCCAACAAUGCUUACAUCUUUCCUGGUCUUGGUUUGGGUUUGAUCAUCUCUGGUGCAAUUCGAGUGCACGAUGACAUGCUUCUGGCAGCCUCGGAAGCUUUGGCUGCACAAGUGACGCGGGAAAACUUUGAUAAGGGGCUGAUUUACCCACCAUUCUCCAAUAUCAGAAAGAUAUCUGCCCACAUUGCUGCUAAUGUCGCUGCCAAGGCAUAUGACCUCGGUCUUGCUUCUCGCCUCCCUCGACCCAAGGAUCUUGUUAAGUAUGCAGAGAGCUGCAUGUACAGCCCGAUUUACCGUAGCUAUCGUUGAAAUCCCUCCAUUUUGUAAUCGGCAAUUUCCCUCAGAUUCUAACUUCUUGUUUCCUUUUUCCUUUUUUGCCAGUGAUUGGUUUACCCUUUAGUCCUCGAGUUCAUAAAUUACAGUUUAUAUCUGGAUAACGAGUAUUUUGUUAUCCAUUUUCUUCAAAGAUAAAGAGGGAAAUAAGCGAUAUUUACUCCAGAAUAAUGACAAUGUAUUAUGAUUAUAUAUCUGAUGCCUAUUGACUGAUGUGUGUGGGACUGCCAAUUCGGGCUCAACAUGGGUGUGGCACAAAUGGAAGAUGAAUACAAGAAAAAUAUGUUCCA